AAUGAGAUGGGAGGGUCGUAGCAGCGGCCGGGAGAGCCCUCGUUGGCAAUUACUGGGACUCAUCUUGCCCGACAAUGCUCAGAGGCGUCUGAGCGGAGUUUGACCAAGAGGCCUCGAGUGCUGGGAAGAGGAGAAAUAACUACCGGAGGAGCAAUCGGCGGUUGCAAUCGUGUACAUGUGACAAGUAUUUGUGCCAGUGUGUGGAUAAAACGUGUGGGGUGGAACCAAGGGCAAUAUGAGGUGGUGUAUAGCGGUGAUUUACGUAUUGGGGGUUGUUGGUGGACGGGGUCAGGAGCUGCAGGAUUUGGACAAGCCUGUGCCAAUCGCUGAUGUUUACGGCGUGGCUGGACAUAAAGUGCAGCUACCGUGUGACAUUCAGCCGAGAAAAAAGGAUCGAGUUGACAUGGUACUCUGGUUUAAGGGCGAGGGUGGUCCACCCAUUUACACGUUCGACGUACGCCAUAAGCAGUUGAGCAAUGCCGAAUUAUGGUCAUCGCCUCGGGUACUGGGUGCAAGGGCAUACUUCAUGACUGCCACACAUCCAGCUCACCUCAGUAUUGAUAAACUUGAGACUGGUGACAGUGGAUUGUACCGGUGUCGAGUUGAUUACAGCAAUUCACCCACUGCCAUGCAUCAUGUUAAUCUCAUUGUUAUAGUUCCCCCGGAGAAGCCUGUGAUCCGCCACCAGUCGUCCCGCAAUAUAUCACUUGUGGAGGAAACCUACAACGAAGGAAGUGACGUGACACUCAUCUGUGAGGCUCGGGGUGGCAGGCCUCCCCCUCGAUUAACCUGGUACUACGAAAAUAACGUCUACGAUCUUUCGUACGAGUACAACAGUACAACUGAUAUCACAACGAAUUUGCUCUAUUACCCCAACAUCGGGCGACAGCACAUAAAAACUAGGCUUGUGUGUCAAGCCAACAACACCAACCUCGUGCCACCUCUGACGAAGCUUGUGAUACUCGAUGUUAACAUGAAGCCGUUGCUGGUGAAGAUAAUCACAAAAGAGGACAAGGUAUUAUCAGGCAAAAAAUACGCAGUAGAAUGCAGAUCGUGGGGUUCAAAGCCUCCAGCUGCGAUGAGCUGGUGGAAGGACAGCAGGCAAAUAACAGAAGUUAUUCAAAACUAUCAACCGGAGAACAAUCAGAGCAUCAGCAUCCUCGAAUUCGUGCCAAGCAUCGAGGACGACGGCAAGUACCUGACUUGCCGUGCUGAGAAUCCAUCGAUUCCCGACAGUAUAGUGGAGGAUAAAUGGAGACUAGACGUGCAGCAUCAGCCAGUGGUCAGCCUCAGAAUGGGUGUUACUCUUAAUCCAGACGGCAUCAAGGAGGGCGAUGACGUUUAUUUUGAGUGCAUUGUUAGAGCUAAUCCGAGGGUGUACAAAUUGGCGUGGUUCAAGGAUGAGAAAGAGCUGAAGAUCAACGCGACAGCCGGAGUCCUUCUGAGCGAUCACUCCCUCGUCCUGCAAGGCAUAACCCGCGGGGCUGCUGGCGACUACAAAUGUAAGGCGGCCAACAGCGAGGGAAAAACCGCCAGCAACACCGUAAAACUCCAAGUGAUGUAUGUUCCAGUCUGCAAAGAAGGCAAAAGUGGAGUUGUAGUUGGUGCACUGAAACAAGAGACAGUUUCGUUGAUAUGCGCCGUCGAGAGUCACCCGGAGCCCCUGACAUUCCAGUGGACUUUCAACAAUUCCGGUGAACUUGUUGAUCUUCCACACUCCCGGAGUCACGCAUCGGGCCCCUCAAAUAGUCAAAAUCCGGCUGAAAGUCUCCGGGAAUAUCAGCAGUAUCACGGCUCAACGUUAAACUACACGCCAGCAACGGACAAGGAUUACGGAACGCUGGCGUGCCGAGCAACCAACGAGCUUGGCAGACAACUAACGCCCUGCCUCUUUCAAGUAAUAUCAGCCGGUAGACCCCACGCAUUGCACAAUUGUACAGCAUCUGAAAUGUCGAAUAAUAUUGAAAUUGACGAUUACAUCGGUAAAUCAGGGUCAGGGUUAACAGUGCACUGUUUGGAGGAUUAUCAGGGUGGUCUGCCUAUACAGAGUUAUCAGCUUGAAGUUGUUGGUGAGGAGGAUGAUGGAGAGAUACUUUUAAAUAGAACAGUACCAGCUGGACCGAAUGGACCUGUCUUUGAGGUCGCUGGCCUCACUGCUGGCAGAAGUUAUCGAUUGUUCCUGUAUGCUGUAAAUAGCAAGGGUAGGAGUGAACCAACGAUACUCGAGCCUGUCACUCUGAAGGGUGUCGCCAUGUACACAACUGGUAAUACGGACGCCUCGGUGCUGAGUCCGCUGUUGCUGGGCUUGGCCGCAGUAGCGACACUACUUGCACUCGCGGUCGCUGGAAUUCUCGCUGCUCUGUACAGGAAACACUUGGGUGGCAGAAGCGGAAGUCCCAAGCAUGCACCAAUCGUCUGCGAAGCUCCGAAUACUGGGGCAACUACACCCGUACAUCCGGCCAACAAGCAGGCGGUUGAUGACAUUGAUCCGGAUAUUAUACCGAAUGAGUAUGAGCGAAGACCCUUGACGUAUACGCCAGUCUACAAGACGCCACCCCAGCGACGUAGGAAAGAACGCGAUAUGGACGAUGGAACGUCGCUCGAGAAAAAGCCCAUUGUCGAAUCGAGUAUCGAUAUGCAUUGCGAUCAGGACGUGAGACUGAUGGAUGGAUCAUUAUCGCCGACGAUAAACUAUCCGCAGAAUCACGUUGCGCAUCAGAAUACUUACAGUCACGCGCCGACGAUGGCCGAUUUCAAACAGAUGGCGAUGGACGCCUAUAAUCAACGAAAUCAUCAGAACGUCUAUUACAGCCUGCAGAGGUCGAGUAAGGGGGUGGGGCCAAUAUCCCAGAGGCCAGUGUCCUCAUCUCUCUCGGCGCACGGAAAGUUUCACCAGCCGGAAGUGGUCACACGCUCGAAUCGAAUACAGGAGAGUUGUAUAUGAAGAACACACACAGAGGGUGUAGAGAAGAACGGAAAAUACACGAUGGUGUAAAGGUUCUACCCCUCGUGAAUGUGAGCCCUUCUGUUAUUUCACUAUUUUUUCUUCCUCUCCUUUUUUCUUUUUCACGUACCAUUCAAGUGGCGCAUUCACGCGUACGUCGUCGUACACAUGCGUACGAUCAAGAAAAAUGUUUUUGCGGACCAGUGGCCUGUGUCGAGAGAAAAAAAAAUAAUAAUAAGGGGUGGACACGUGCAGCGACUUGUGAAAUACCCGUUGGUUCACUGGGCACAAAAGUGAAUUUGUGCUUAUGACGAACACAAAACGGAGAUGAUGAGAUGCUUGAGAACAUUGAAAUGUUUUUUAUUCGAUGUACAAACUAACACCUGACUAACGUAAUUCAUGUUUUUUAUAAUGAGUGAUAGACGGAUGGAUGUGGUAAUCGCACUAUGAAAACUAGUGUCUUCAAGACGUCUUGAAAGAAGACGUUGUUAAUUCAGUAACGAAACGGGAAAGCGGUUCAAGUCGAUUUUAUGUUUCAGUUUUCAACGAAUAUCUCGGAA